AUGUCUGACAAAAGUGAGCUGAAGGCCGAGUUGGAGAGAAAGAAACAGCGUAUCGCCCAGAUUCGAGAGGAGAAGAAGAGAAAAGAGGAGGAGAAGAAGAAGAAGGAUGGAGACUCAAAACGCGCCGUGGACGUCGGAGCCGAUGACUCAGACCUGGAGAAGAAGAGGAAGGAAGCCGAGGCUCUGCUGCAGAGCGUUGGCAUCACACCUGACGUGCAACACGCUCAGCCCCUGAGGGUAGUAACAGAGGAUACCUGUCUAUUUCACUACCUAGUCCCCGCCCCCAUGUCUCCCUCCAACAAAUCAGUGGCCAGCGACGCGGGAAGUCAGGAUUCCGGGGACGGAAACGCAGGACCAAGGACAUUGCAUUGGGAUCCCGACCCCUCUACUCUGCAACUCCACUCCGACUCUGAGCUGAUGGGGCGUGGGGCCGCGAGGCUCACAAUGUCCAAAGUGACCCAAGUGGAUAUCGUCCCCAAAGAAAUGGUGUCCUACUCCAAAGAAACGCAGACUCCUACCGCGGCUCACGCGGAUCAAAAAGCAGAUGAGGACGAGGAUGAUGAGAUCAUUGCGCCCCCGCCAGCAGAGGACGUUCAGGAGGAGAAAGAAGACCAAGGUGACCAACAAGAAGACGACGCACCCAAAGAGCUGACGGAAGAAGAGAAACUGCAAGUCCUGCACUCCCAGGACUUCCUGGCCUUUUUCGAGCGAGGCAGCAGGAUUGUGGAGCGAGCGCUGUCCGAGCAGGUGGACGUCUGCUUCGACUACAGUGGCCGAGAUCUGGAGGACAAGGAGGGGGACCUGCAGGCUGGUGCCAAGCUGGUUCUGAAUAGACAGUUUGCUGACGAACGUUGGACCAAAAACCGAAUGGUCACCUGUCUGGACUGGUCCCCUCAGUACCCAGAGCUGCUUGUGGCCUCUUACAACAAUAACGAGGACUCGCCUCAUGAGCCUGAUGGAGUCGCACUGGUCUGGAACAUGAAAUACAAGAAGACCACACCAGAGUACAUCUUCCACUGCCAGUCAGAGGUGAUGUCUGCCGGCUUUGCCAAGUUUCACCCCAACCUGGUGGUGGGCGGCACCUACUCGGGGCAGAUCGUAUUGUGGGACAACCGGAGCAACAAGCGAACUCCCGUCCAGAGGACUCCCUUGUCUGCUUCUGCGCACACUCAUCCUGUGUACUGCGUAAACGUGGUGGGAACCCAGAACGCAAACAAUCUGAUCAGCAUUUCCACUGAUGGCAAGAUGUGCUCGUGGAGCUUGGACAUGUUGUCUCAACCACAGGACAGUCUAGAGCUGGUGUUCAAGCAGAGCAAGGCUGUCGCCGUCACCUCCAUGGCCUUCCCGCUAGGUGACGUCAACAACUUCGUGGUGGGCAGCGAAGACGGUUCGGUCUAUACGGCUUGUCGCCACGGCAGUAAAGCGGGAAUCACAGAGGUCUUCGAGGGUCAUCACGGUCCGGUGACGGGUUUGAGCUGUCACACCGCGGCAGGACCCGUGGACUUCUCUCACCUCUUCAUCUCCUCGUCCUUCGACUGGACUGUCAAACUUUGGAGUACCAAGAGCACACGCCCGCUAUACUCAUUCGAGGACAGCUGCGACUACGUGUGCGACGCCAUGUGGUCCCCGACGCACCCAGCGCUUUUUGCUUGCGUGGACCUCGCCGGACGGCUUGACCUGUGGAACCUCAACAAUGAUACAGAAGUUCCCACUGCCAGCGUGUAUGUUGAAGGGGCGCCGGCACUCAACCGUGUGCGAUGGGCUCACUCCGGAAAAGAAAUUGCUACGGGAGACUCAGAGGGACAAGUGCGGGUGUAUGAUGUGGGCGAGCAAAUCUGCGUGCCCAAGGCGGACGAGUGGACGCGUUUCGUCCGGACGCUGGCCGACAUCAACGAAAGCAGAGACGAAGCCGAGGAGCUCGCCAACGUUUGA